AAAAAUAAAAUAAAAUAAACAAAUUAGUUAGGCUCAGUGACUCAUACCUGUAGACCCAGAUACUCAGGAGGAUGAUCAGGGAGGAUUGAUUGAGGCCAGAAGUUCCUAAUUGCGGUGAGCUAUGAUCACACCACUACACUCCAGCCUGGGCAACAGAGCAAGACCCUGUCUCUAAAACAAACAACAACAUAAAAACCCUCUUAAAACGAUGGUAAAUAUUCAGGUUCCAAGGACCUCAUCCCAGACUACUGAACCAUGCGUGAUCUCUGAAGAAGAAUCAGAGGGUCUGCUUUCAAAGAUCCUAAAGCACACUAAAAUUUGAGAAUUGCCCCUACUAUGCUGAUAGGUCAAGGGUCCCAGCAAGGGUUGCAGUUGAAAGAGGAGACUGAAAAGUGUCAGGGUACGGGAAGGGAUCUGAGGGCAGAGGAGGAAUCUGCUGUCCUAGGGUUCUGCACGUGAAAAAGCGGUGUGGGGAAGAAAUAUGGGCUUGGGGUUAAAAAGGGGUUUGGAUGUGAAGGCUGAGUCUCAAGUAAAAAGAGAGGUCUAGGGUCUGAGGAGGAGGCUGAGGUCAGAUGAAAAGGAUUUUGGAAACCAAGGAGCUGUCUGGAGUCCGAGAGAAGUUUGAGGUCAGAGGCAGGAUUUGGGGUCGAAGUGGGGAUUGCAGUAGUUGAAAGCGUCUGUGGUCCGAGGAAGUCUGGGAUCUGAGAAAUGUAGUAGCUGGAUUCAGACUGGAAGAAGAAAGGGGUUUGGUUCCUGAGCUGCAUACAGUGCCUGGAAGCCACUGAGAUCUCUCUUGAAGCGUGCUUCCCUCCACCCUCCCCUACCCUCCACUGCCCUCCACACUAGCGUCCAUUCACCCGCACCUUGCGUGCCCACUGCAGGCUGAGCGCGCUAAGCAGGCGGGGGCCAGUCAAACCAGGACGUGGCCAAGGUUGGGGGCUAGGCGCCCCCUCCCGGCGGUUCGGGAGUCAGGCCCCACCCCCCGCCCUCCCACACCCCCCGCCGCAGCCACUUCCGGCGGGCUCUGCGCUGCUGGGGGCGAGGGAGAGGAUGGCGGCCGAGAGCGAAGCCAGCCAGGAGAGCGCCCUAGGCGCCUACUCGCCGGUGGACUACAUGAGCAUCACCAGCUUCCCACGGCUGCCUGAGGACGAGCCGGCGCCCGCGGCUCCACUGAGGGGGCGCAAGGACGAGGACGCCUUUCUGGGAGACCCCGACACCGACCCGGACUCCUUCCUGAAGUCUGCGAGGCUGCAGCGGCUGCCAUCGUCGUCCUCGGAAAUGGGCAGCCAGGACGGGUCGCCACUACGAGAGACGCGCAAGGACCCCUUCUCGGCGGCAGCAUCCGAGUGCUCCUGCCGCCAGGACGGGCUCACGGUCAUCGUCACAGCCUGCCUUACCUUUGCCACCGGUGUGACGGUGGCGCUGGUCAUGCAGAUCUAUUUCGGCGACCCCCAGAUCUUCCAGCAGGGCGCGGUGGUGACCGAUGCUGCUCGUUGCACUUCACUGGGCAUUGAAGUGCUCAGUAAACAGGGAUCUUCUGUGGACGCAGCUGUGGCAGCAGCCUUGUGUUUGGGAAUCGUGGCCCCACACACUUCUGGCCUGGGCGGUGGGGGUGUGAUGCUGGUCCACGACAUCCGAAAAAACGAGAGCCACCUAAUUGAUUUCCGGGAGUCCGCACCAGGCGCCCUCAGGGAAGAGACACUGCAAAGAUCCUGGGAGACCAAGGUGGGGACCCUGCCUGGGCUCUUGGUGGGGGUCCCCGGAAUGGUGAAGGGGCUACACGAAGCUCACCAGCUCUAUGGCAGGCUGCCAUGGUCCCAAGUCCUGGCCUUCGCAGCAGCUGUGGCCCAAGAUGGCUUCAACGUGACUCAUGAUCUAGCCCGAGCCCUGACUGAGCAGCUGCCUCCCAAUGUGUCUGAGCGCUUCCGUGAGAUGUUCCUACCAUUGGACCGCCCGCCACUGCCUGGUUCUCUGCUGCAUCGGCCCGACCUGGCUGAGGUGCUAGAUGCACUUGGCACUUUUGGCCCUGCUGCCUUCUAUGCAGGUGGGAACCUCACACUGGAGAUGGUAGCUGAGGCUCAGCAUGCAGGUGGUGUCAUAACCGAGGAGGACUUCAGCAAUUACAGUGCACUUGUGGAGAAGCCUGUGUGUGGCGUGUAUAGAGGCCAUCUGGUUCUCAGUCCCCCACCCCCGCACACGGGCCCUGCCCUCAUCAGUGCUCUCAACAUCCUUGAGGGCUUUAAUCUCACCAGCCUGGUAUCCCGAGAACAGGCUCUUCACUGGGUGGCAGAGACCCUGAAGAUCGCAUUAGCCCUGGCCAGCAGACUGGGAGAUCCUGUCUACGAUUCUACCAUCACAGAGAGCAUGGAUGACAUGCUCAGCAAAGUGGAGGCCGCCUACCUCCGAGGCCACAUCAAUGACUCCCAGGCAGCCCCUGCCCCACUCCUGCCUGUCUAUGAGCUAGAUGGAGCGCCCACGGCUGCCCAGGUUCUGAUCAUGGGCCCUGAUGACUUCAUUGUGGCCAUGGUCAGCUCCCUGAACCAGCCCUUUGGCAGUGGCCUCAUCACCCCCUCGGGGAUCCUGCUCAACAGCCAGAUGCUGGACUUUUCCUGGCCCAACAGGACUGCUAACCACUCUGCACCCAGCCUGGAAAACUCAGUACAGCCAGGGAAACGGCCACUCUCUUUCCUGCUACCCACUGUGGUCCGACCAGCAGAGGGACUCUGUGGGACCUACCUCGCCCUGGGGGCCAAUGGAGCUGCUCGGGGCCUCAGUGGACUGACCCAGGUUCUGCUGAAUGUCCUGACCUUGAACCGUAACCUCAGUGACAGCCUGGCCCGUGGCCGCCUGCACCCGGACCUGCAGUCCAACCUUCUGCAGGUGAGUUCACAGACGAAGAGAUUGAGUUUCUGGAAGCCAGAGGUCACCAUGUGGAGAAGGUAGAUGUCUUAUCCUGGGUCCAUGGCAGUCGGAGAACCAACAACUUCAUCAUUGGUGUGAAGGACCCUCGGAGCCCAGAUGCAGCUGGAGCCACCAUCCUAUAGAACAAUGGGGUGGGGCAGGGUCUCUGCUCCCCAACUUUGCAUGUUCCCAGAGUCCCUCCUUCUCCCAGGUUUGGUCUUAGGGGGACCCCAGGGAUGCCCCAGAUUGCGGGCCAGAGGAGAUGCUUAGCAAAUCUAAUCCCAGGAUAACUGGAAAAUUCUCCAUGAGGAGGCCUGUGGUAGUGGUGGUGGUGGUGGUGAGUGUCAGUAUCCAAGACCAAGCAGGUAGGAUCUUGAGGAGUCAGAUUAUUUGUCCUUCUGUCUCCUCUCCUCCAUCAGCCAUGCUGGCCUGAGCUUAGGGAUGUGCUUGCAAACCCUUUGUGAGGGUCUUAUAACCCCCAAAUCUCCAGACUGGCCUGACCUGGGCCUUGUCUUCCAGCUCCCUUCUCCUGUCCCCAGCCUCAUUUCUUAAAUGACUAGGAAUUUUUUAAUGGACCAUCAUGGGGAGAGGGUGCUCCUCUCCUCUUCUCGCCAGGUUGAGGUGGGGGCCUUGCAUCUGGUGGUCCCCAGGGUGUGGGGUAGGGGUGGGGGUGGGGACCAGCUCAGGGGCUUCCAUUUGCAAAGGGGAAUUAAAGAAAGAAUAUUGCUUAA